UCAGAAGCUCAGUAACACACCGACCAUGGACAAGAGAAGCAGAGACGAGAAGAUGAGUGGAGCUGCAACUGCUCCGCCCCAAGGGAGACCGUCUGCGCGGCCACUCCCUCCGCCGUCUCAGGCCAAAGCUCCGCCGCCUCCUCCUCGCGCUCGUUUCGAACCCGUCGACCGCGAAAAGACUUGCCCUUUGCUGCUUCGCGUUUUUACUAAGGUUGGAAGUCACCACACCGAUGAGGAUUUUGCCAUUAGAGGUAAGGAACCCAAAGAUGAGGUUCAGAUUUAUACAUGGAAAGAUGCAACACUCCGGGAGCUAACCGAUCUAGUUAAGGAGGUUGCUCCGGAGGCAAGAAGAAGAAAUGCCAAACUUUCUUUUGCUUUUGUUUAUCCCGACAAGCGUGGUCGAUUCGUUUUAAAACCGGUGGGAACAACACAUUCUUAUGGAAAUGGCAGGAGACUAGAUGGCAGCAAGGCGUUGGGUGAACUGGAUUUCCAGAUCGGAGAUUAUUUGGACGUGGCAAUCAUGUAGAAAUCUGGGUUACAUGAAAGUGAUGAUGCUACUAUUUAGUUGGAGAGUGAAUGUUAUCAAAUGUUUUCUGCAUUUUUUUAAUUUCUAUAUUCAAAUGUCUUGUGAAGGUAGAAGAACAGAUUGUAUUGAUUGGUAACUUUGAUUCUGUCAUCUGGUUCUAGUUUGAAUCCCAUUAUUUAAUAACCUCUUCUUAUAUUUCCCCAAAUAUGUACUUUUAGAUCUCUAUGUUUUAUAGAACUUUAUUUCA